GUAGAUUAAUGCUCCGGCAGUGUUCUGGUCAUUGUGGGCGCUGCGACUACAACCUCAAAACAACAGCUUCUUUCAUUGGUCGUUUUUUACCUAGAUUUCCUGUGAUUGGUGUACGUGCACCAAAACACGGAAAUCAGUCAUCGCGCUUCAAGGUAUGAUGGCAGCCUCCGUCAACAAUGCGUGUGCACCCUCAGCCGAUUGUAAACAGUUAAUUACUACGAGUUUUCAGAAGAAAACACGCAACAGGUUAUUAAGCAUACCCGGUACAAGACCAUCGGUGCAAAAUGGACAGCUCCUAAUAUCCACCGGUGUCACGUCGCUCGACUAUUUGUUCGGUGGUGGUCUUGCAGUUGGAACGGUGCUUCUUAUAGAGGAGGACCGUUACGAUAGCUACUCCCGUAUGAUCCUAAAAUAUUUCCUGGCAGAAGGGGUGGUUUGUCGUCAUGAACUCUUCUUAGCAGCGGCUCAAGACCACCCGAAUGACAUCUUCCAGGAACUUCCUGAUCCUAUCUUGGAUGACGUUGCCAUGCAUAAACCAGGAGACCAACAAGGUCUGUUACAUGACCCGAAGGAUAGUUCAGAUGCAAUGAAGAUCGCCUGGCGUUAUCAGAACCUUCCAAAAGUUCAGAGUGCCCUUGCAUCCUCGUCUCGGUUCGGCCACUACUAUGACGUUUCAAAGACAAUGGAGCCAGAAAUCCGCCAGGCAGCCAAGUGCCACCACUUCUACCUUGCAGAACAUCCCAGCCAGUCAACAGCCACACACAGUCUCAUGCUUGAGUCCUACUCUGCCUUGCUGAAGUCCAUUGAGGAGGUCAUACGCAGGGAGGGCUACCAAGUAACAGCACCCAUGACAAAGUCACGCAACAUCCUACGUAUUGGCCUUCACUCACUUGGUUCGGCUCUGUGGGGUGAUGACCUAUGUUGCCGUGACAACCCGAAACACAGCCACGCCCUCACUACCUUCCUCUAUGGACUGCGGGCUUUGUUGAGGUCAUCGCUGGCAGUUGCAGUAGUGACUGUGCCUUCACAUCUCAUUCAGAACAGAUCUCUAAUGGCCAGCAUAACCAGGCUAUGUGACAAUGCCAUAGCCCUAGAAUCAUUCAAAGGCUCUGAGAGGGAGACCAGCCCACUCUACAAAGAUUACCAUGGCCUGUUACACGUCCGGCAGCUGCCUCACCUCAACUGUCUUGCAAGUCAACUGCCAGACCACAAGGACUUGGCCUUUAAGCUCAAGAGGAAGCAGUUCACCAUUGAGAAUAUGAACAAACUAAUCCAACUAUACUCUCUACGGAAGCAUCGAGACUGCAACCUGUCUAGUCAUUCUUCUCCCUUGCUAAAUAUUUUCAUUAGUGUGACCAUUCUGAGACUUAUGAGUAUUAGUGGAUACAUUACUUGACACUAGAUUGUGUGCCCUUUCCAUUUCUACAUUUAUUUUGAUUUAUUGUUUCUCAUCCUAUUAUCCUCUUUCUCUUCCUGUCAGCGAUUCAUCCAUUUUGCUACUGUCACAUCAUCACUCUCCGUGAGAGUAAUCAAUCUGUCACUGAACUACCACUCUGGAGGCAAAUUAAGGGGCUCCCUCUUAGCUCAGGCCCAUGAUUGGUCCUCAUUACAUUAUCAUUACCUUAUCACACUCUUUCGUCCCAGGCUCUUAGUGUGUCCUAUUGUUUCAGGCAAGAGGUAAGGAGGAGGUGAGGAAUGGCCACCCCCCAAACCUCCCCCAUAUCCUUACAGUAAACAGUUUACCAUUUUCUGCCAGGGUUUUACUAUCAAUUCUUUUCUUUUUCCUGUCCACAUUGACCCUCUACCCCCCAUGAGAACUGCUCCAUUUUAGAUUUAUCAGGUCUGUAAAAGUCAAGUUUUUUAUUAUCCUGAAUGUUCUUUCAAUUAGGCAUCUUUAAUAGCCUAAGGGGGCAAAGCUUAGAGCAACUGAUGGUGCAGGGGCUAAACCUGGCCCUUCAAAGACAUCUGACAAGCCCACAUGCUCAGUUUUAAAUGUGGCAGAGACAUUUUUCUUUCAGAUUCCAGAAAAGAGCUCAAAAUUCAUCACAGUUAACUGGUUCCAGACCUGACCAUGAUCAAAGUAGGAUUCUUUAUUUAUAAAUGGAGUAUUUUUGUAAUUGGAGCAUAGAAAACCAGUUUAUGCCCUUUGAAAUAUUUUUAACAUUAUUAGAGACUUCAAGACAUGACAUAACACCCCUACAGUCACCAUGACACCCGUAUUACCCAAUAUAGCAGAGAAUCAAGAGAAAAUAAGCCAAUUAAGAAAUAAUUUUCAUCUCUGUGUGGAGUUUGCAUGUUCUCCCCACGCAUGUGUGGGUUUUCUCCAGGUCCUCCAGGUUCCUCCCACAUUCCAAAAACAUGCAUUUUAGGUUAAUUGGCGACUUCCAAUUAGCCAAUUCCAAUUGGCGAUUCUGUACCGAGUUGAAGGCGGAGCUGAAAUGCAGGUGCUUACUACUUCAUGCUUGAUUAUUGUGUGAGUGCUGAAAGCACAUAUAUGUUAUAUGUCAGCCAUUUUUGUCUAUUUAUUCAUCAUUCAUACUUCUUAUUCCACCAAUUUUUUUGUCCGCUGACUACUCCUCCAUUUCUUACAAAUUCAAAUCCAACAUCAAAAUGUUCAUCUCACUGAGGACAAGUUUUUUACUUAUUCGGGCUUUUCAAAAUAUUCCCACAUUUUGUGUAAUUUCAUAUUUUCUGUGAAUAUGUUCCCAUUAAAAAUGAAUGCCCAAUUUAAAUGGCACCCUCUGCUCACUUAAAAUGUUUCAUCACUUGAUCGCUUUGUGACAGAAAUUACUGUCCUUUUAUUACUGCCACCUAUUAACUAUUUAGGAGCAAUGGUUGAACAGAGAAGACAGUAAACUCUGACUUUUUUUUUUUUUACAUAAUAACUUUGAUUUUGGAUUGUAAAGGCACACUGCUAUGUUCUUAACAAUGACAGAAUGUUGUCCACAGUGCACACCACCCAUGACCUAAACGUUUUUGGAGCAUUUUUCAAGUGAGAACAUUUCACAAACCUGAAGUGGUUCUGAUUAAUAAGAUGAGGAGAUAAGUAAUGUCAAUCACAGUGUGAGGGAACUUCCCAGAAAGCACCGGAUCAACAGUCACGCAUCAGAUCAAUCAAGACACAUAUUUUUCAUUGCAAUAACACGUUGUCUUUUCCUGUAGUGUAACUGAAUAAUAUAAUUUAAUAGGACUAUAUUGAAACAUCACUCGUGUUAAAAUAAAAAUAGUUUCAAGACUCUGUGAUUCAACAAUUGUGACUUUCAUGACAAGACUUACUUCAGGUUUCUGAAGGGGGUUAUGCUUGUAUGGUUGUAACAACACCUGUUACAUUGGAUUCUUGCUGUGUGGAUGAAAAAGAUUUUAAUAACAUUACCAUCGGUACAUGAAAUGAAUUAUUUCAAAAAUACAAGGAAACAAAAAGUCCUGUUCUUACUGCAUACUAUAUUUGACCUGUUGGUCUACCGCCUCGGUGGGCUGCUGAUUGACACAUGGAUUGCAAUAGGAUUCUUAGCCUAGUGUCUGACAUGUGACAGCCCACACCAUCCCUGCUAAUCACCUCAUUUACUCAAGCUGCAGGACUUCUGUGCCCAGGGCCACAUGAUGCAGCAUUGCUUGGUAGUUCUCGAAAACAUGCAUCCUUCUUUUGGUUUUUAAUCUAUUCUUGAAGUAGUGGUCGAGAAUGACAGCUGAUUGACUAGUUUCUCACCAGUCCAGCCAGGCAGCUACCCGUCACCCCAGCAGCUCAUGGAGUUACGCUAAUUUCCUAAAUGAGGUUUGACGCACACUUCCAUCACCUAGCACUUAAAGAACGCGGAAAAGAAUUGUGUUUGACAGCACAGUUCUAACAAAAAAGCCAUCCGCCGGUAUUAAAUCAUACAAAUUAAUUCACUUUUGUUUACCCAUUCACACAGAUACAGAUUUGAGUGCUUCCUCUGACAAACACAAGCUCACAAGGUUCUGUUGGUUGUGUGAUAAGGUUGCCAUGGUAGCUGCUGAUGUGUCAGAGAGUUCAAACUCCGGUUGAUGAGCAAUUAUUAGCCAUGAUGCCUGAAGCCAGAAUUAACCCAUGGCCUUGUCUGAGCAGGUAGAUGAGUGCUAGGUGUUUAAACAAGAUUAACACAUUCUCAUACACACAUAUGCAGACAGUCCUGCCCUCCUCCCCCCCAUAGUUAUUGACAUUCAUGCAGUGGCACAGUCACAUACUGAUUGAGAAAUGAACUGGCAAAAACUGACAUGACGCGUGACUGACACUUUCUUGUUUAUGUCAGAGUUGUAUGUAUGUCGUCAUCAGUUUCACAACACAAUAUGCUUUAAGGAUGAAGCUCUUCUGUGGUAUGCGGCUACAUUCACUCUUACCUUUAUUUGAACCUUUAAACUGACAGGCAAUGUGCCUGUUGGGUACUGGGGUGCCAGAGGCAGGUUGCGGGGUCAAAUACAGUGUAAGAUGGGGAUUUGUGUCAAAUUAGUCUUCUGUUAGAGAGUAUUUUUGAGGUGUCUGUUUCACUGACAAGCUCAAUCACUUGUGGUCUGAACACUUGUAUUGGGCUUUGAGGUUUUUGUUGAUGGGAUUUGGAUUGUUUUUCUUUUGGUAAAGUUCAAGUGCCGGAUUUAUUUCUUGGGUAUUACUCUAAUUUCAUCUUGAUUAUAUGUAAAUAAUGGCAAAAUGCCAGAGAGUAGGGAAAAAACCUCUUUUGUAUCUGUUGCUUCAAACAAAUGCUUAUAGUGGGAUUUGACAAUGCACUGAUUUUCACAGUUCAUACAGUUCAAACCCCACAACAUGUCUGCUUAAACAUUAAACAUAAUGAACAUUUAGUGAUGGCUAGAUUUGCUAUAUAUUUCUGGUGAUAAAGCUGCUUAAUAACAAACAUUUUGUGGUAUGUUUUUUUAAGAAACACUGCACUGUAAAACAGUUUUUUGUUACUCAUAAAAGAAGACAUACACAAUUAUCAUUGGACAAUAACAAUGUCACAGGUUGCUUGUUUAGAUUUUCAAGAUGGGUGGAGCCGAAGAUAUUAUUACUGGGGAAAAUUGUAAAAAGUAAGUCCAUUUCGAGUCCAAAGGAGGCAUAUAGAGUAGGUUAAUGUUUCUUGGCAUGUCCUCAAAAUGUCUUUAAGACAGUGCCUGUGUGCCGCCCCCCCCCCUUUCCCGGUUGAAGCCUGUGGGUGCCGAGGGAAGGGUGUUAAUGGACCUAUGUGAGGAACAGAGCGAAAGCUUGGAGAAGAGGGGAGGCAGGGCGGAGGCAUUAGUGGUGAGGAGCAGUUAAGUGAUUCUCAGGUCAGGUCUAAUUAACAUGAGGGCUUUUCCUUAGAGGCACCAAACCGUGUUAUUGAGAGAAAAAUAAAAAAAGACAGAAUUAUGGAGUGCAGGAAAAGUUAGAUCGAGACUAGGCUUAUUUUUGUAUCUGUAGUUGAUAUUCACUGGCUGGCAAAAUAUCUGCACCACACAUCACUAAAAUGUCAGAACACACUCUUGCAUUGACCAGGACUCCCCCAAAAGAUCGCAAUAACUGAUCUUUGACGGGGAGUAACUAAGUUGAGGUAAUAGAUGUACUAGGUGUUUUAAAACUACUAGCAGGAAACAAAUUGGUUCUGCAUAAAUCAACCAGCAUGUCCUACCUCCUCCCUCACAAUCAGAUGGGAAUGGACCUUUAAAAUAAUAUUCCCUGUGAAUAAUUUAUACCUCCUGUCUUGGCAGCAUACCCACCUUUGUCGCAUUUUGGAAUGAGGUGCGCUUAUGGUUUGUGCAUGUAUGAGAAGGAGAGAGAGCAAGCGAGCGUCGUGCAGACCAGCCAGUAGCACGCGAUCGGACGCCUCGGCCGAAAAAAUAUUCACAACAU